CAGUGCGCCUUAGUUGUGUUGGCCGUUGCGUCAUAUUAUCUAACCCCUUCACCGCAUUGUGGUUUUCAUCUGCGAUUGUGUGUGUGGUGAGGCGCCAACUUGGCCGUCCAUUUAUUGUUCUUUUCCUUUAGCUGGUUGGUUGUGGUCGCACCGCUGUGCCAUUUGCCCGAAGAAGGACGUGUCGAUUGUGAUUUGCGUGCCCCGCGUCAACGUGUGUGUGUGUGUGUGGGGGGUGUUCGAGGAAAAACACGUUGCUAACACGGAGUGUGGACCGGAGUGUGUCGAGGAGGAGAGUGGAGUGAAUCAUAGACCCCCCCGCCGUAGAGUAGGAGACAUCCUACCACCGGAGGCCGCCAUCCGGGAAAAUCGAUAAUCCUCGUGACCGAAAGGAGGUUACAGUUAAGUUUGGUAGGAAUCUGGAUCUGCGCGAAUCCUGGCGACCAGCAUGAACUACGGACGCAAGACACCGUCGUCCUACCGGUCGACCCCGUCGGUCUACUCGCACAUCACGAGCCGCUCGCAGUCGAAUCUGCACUCGCAGCGGUCGCGCUCGAUGAAGUCGGUCCGGAUACCCUGGUACCAGAAGCCACUGCUGCACAACAACCAGUACCUGGACAUCCAGCGGGGUGCCUUCAUCAUGGGACUGUUCUCGAUCUUCGUGGCGAUCUUCACGAUCGGCACGGCCGUCUUCGACAUCUACUGUCUGGUGCUGGCGGCGCCCGGCUCUUCGCACUACGGCUACUACAUCAUCUCGUACGAGUUCGUGUACGUCGGUAACGUGCACGUCCGGAACGCGCUGAUGGUGGCGGCCCUGUUCUCGCUGAUCGGCGGGCUGGUGGUGCUGGUCACCAGCAUCAUGCUCGUGCACGCCCUGCGCAAGGAGUACGAAACGAAGAUCGUGCCGUGGCUGUGGUCGUUCGCCAUCUUCACGCUGUUCCGCCUGCUGGCGUUCCUGUUCUUCUCGAUCGUCAACGAUCUGAUCUUCGCGUACAACAUCCUGAUCACGCUCAUCUGGAGCGUCGUCGUCGUCGUCUCGAUCUACGGCUGGCUGAUGGUGUACUCGCUCUACCUGGAGCUGUCCGAUCUGACGAAACUGGAGGAUCUGGCGCACCUACGCAUGGGUACGAUGCAGUCGCUCAACGCGUCCGUUGCCCACUCGUUGGCCGGCUCGCGACCUACGACACCGCACAGCACCGUCUCGACGGUACCGGUCGGGGACACCAAGUUUGUCUAGGUUCGGGAGCCGGCCAGCUGGCCAAAUCGGUCCCCUGCCCCCCAAAUCCGUCCAUAUCCGGCCAAUCUCUCGGACUGAGCGUGGCUCGGACAUCGUACAAAAAGGACAUGACGAAGCAGAAGCAUAAACCGCCAGUCGAAAGCACAAAGCAUCGCCCCGUUUAGCUCGUAACAAGUACUACCCUCUAGUGUUUAAGGUUUUAUUGUCGCCAGCGACUGCUGCCGUCAGAAGCGACGAACCCCCGGCCCAGGGGACUUUCUUCUGUAACAAUCGACGAUUUUUUUAAUGCAAACCACAUUCCACAUUGAUCAAUAAAUUAUUGAUUUUUUUGUAAAACACCAUUA